AAAGUGGCAUUUAAAAAACUUAAACCCUUAUUUGCCUCCUCUUCUCUCCCUUGCAGCCGUUUCAACGUAGACUCACUCUCUUCCCCCUAUAUCCCCUACACUACCGCCUCUCUCUCUCUCUCUCUCUCUCUCUCUCUCUCUCUCUCUCUCUCUCUCUCUCAUUAUAUAAAUAAAUAAAAACCAAAAAAAGUUUCAUUUGUUUGUGUUGUUGCCUCUCUCUAAACGACGACGUUUUUCACUUCCGCCGCCCCCUCUCUUUCUGUCUGUUAUCGCUGCCAUUCUCUUCGGUGUUUCCAUUGAAUAAAAGGAACACAACCCAAUAAUCAGAAGAGAAAGAGGUCUAUCGUGUGGGAAUACUUUACGGUGGAAACUGUUGGAGCUGGAUCUGCCGAGGCUUACUGUAAACAGUGCAAAAAAUCAUUUUCUUAUAUGACUGAUUCAAAAGUAUCUGGCACAAGUAAUUUGAAGAGGCACAUUUCUUUGGGAACCUGUCAAGCAAUGGAACAGAAAAGUCAAUUUAACUCGCAUCCUGAAAAUGGUGGUUUGCAGGAUAAUGCCAUUCCAUCAAAGAAAAGACCAAGAGACAGACCUACAUACGCUGGUAAUGAUGUCUCAUUUGAUCAGGAGCGUUGCAACUAUGACAUUGCUAAAAUGAUAAUUUUACAUGAUUAUCCUCUUGAUAUUGUGAAACACCAGGGCUUCAUUGCUUUUGCACAGACUCUUCGUCCCCAGUUCAACCCGUUGUGUUUGGAUUCUGUUGAAGGGUACUGUGUUUCUAUGUAUCACAAAGAGAAGCAGUAUCUGUUAGAUCUUAUUAAUGGGAUUCCUGGACGACUCAACCUGACAUUGGACUUGUGGACUUCAAACCAGGGAAUAGGGUAUGUUUUUAUCCGAGGACACUUUAUUGAUAGUGAUGGCAACAUACAUCAUCCUAUUCUCAAUGUUGUUACAGUACCGUCUCCUGAUUCAGGUGAUUCCCUAAAUCAAACCAUAAUGACCUGCAUAUCUGAUUGGCAUUUGGAGGGUCGGGUGCUUACCCUUGCACUUGAUAAAUCUUUAACGAGCGAGACUGUAAAGGUAAAUUUACGAGGCAAUCUAUCUGUUAAUAACCCUGUGAUUCUCGAUGGUCAGUUAUUAAACCAGAAUUGUUAUGCCCGUGUUCUCAGUCGCCUUGCAAUAGAUGCACUACGGCAAAUGAGCAAAACUAUUAGCAAAGUUCGUGAAUGUGUGAAAUUUGUGAAAUAUUCUGAAUCUCAUGAAGAUAAGUUUGUUGAGCUUAAGCAACAACUACAAGUACCUAGUUCGGCAAACCUUUUAAUAGAUGAUCAUUAUAAAUGGGAUUCAACAUUCCAUAUGCUUGUAGCUGCCUGUGAAUUAAGGGAAGUUUUUACUUGCUUUGAUACCACUUGUCCUGAUUUCACAAUGACUCUGACUAUAGAUGACUGGAAGCUGGUUGAGACUCUCUGCACAUAUUUGAAGUAUUUGUAUGAUGCAGCUCAUAUGCUAACAACCCGACCAUACCCAACUGCAAAUUUAUUUUUUCUUGAAGUGUCAAAACUUCAUAUGGAGUUGACUAAUGCAGCCUUAAGCCAGGAUCCUUUUCUUAGUAGUUUGAUUUUGCCUUUGCUCACGAACUUUGAUCAAUAUUGGAGAGAGAGUUGCCUAAUCUUGGCAGUUGCUGUGGCCAUGGAUCCAAGGCAUAAAAUGAAACUUGUGGAAUCCAUUUUUGCUAAGAUAUUUGGGGAGAAUGCUAAGCAAUGGAUAACAAUAGUUGAAAAUGGCCUUCAUGAACUAUUCAUUGAAUAUAACACUGAAAUGCUUCAUUUUACUACAAUAGAUGCCGAUGAAGGGGAUGAUAUUAUGUUAAAGACACAGCCAUAUGAAGGACCGGUUGAUGGUUCUCUUUUUGUCGAUGAAGGUGGACUUUCUGACUUUGAGUUUAGUAUAUCUGAUUGUAUGCAGCAAUUCAAGUCAGAAAUGGACGAGUAUUUGGAAGAACCUUUGGUGUCGGAAGUCAAAGAAUUUGAUAUUCUGAAUUGGUGGAGGGACAAUCGAACGAAGUAUCCAACAUUGUCUAGAACUGCAUCUGAUAUUUUGUCUAUGUCAAUAUCCACUGUGUCUGCAGAUUCUGUUUUUGACACAGAAAUUAGAAAAAUGGAUGACUACCGGAAUUCAUUAGACUCUCGUACUCUUGAAGCUCUUAUUUGUGCCAAGGAUUGGUUCCAGCAUAAGUCUAUACCCAAAAACGGUUCAAGUACACUUGAGAAAAUGAAAGUUCAGACAUAGGUCACAAAGAUUCUCAAGUAGCUUUUAAGAAUUGAUUGAUUCUAGUUUGAAACCAUUAUCAAGGUCAAUUAAUUUGUGUGAUAAUUGUCAAUACAUGUUUUAUAGAAUAGAUAGAUAUUGAUUCUAUUCAAACUUCAUCUUUUGGCUAAGGUAACUUAUUUGUGUAAUAGACAACAAUUGCCUUAAUACUUUCAUGGUUUGAAUUGAAAACCUGAAAGAUCCAUAGUUUCAAAUAUUCAAGGGAAAAAUUAUUAGUAUUAUUUUGUGCCAUGUCUUGUCUUCCAUCGUAAUUUCUUAUUCUUUUUGGAUGGACUUUCGCAUUUUGGCC